AUGAGUCAUUUAUAUCUCCAACAACUGUUUCUCAACUAAAUAAUCAAAAAUCUGAAUAUGAUUCGAUGGAAAAGUCUCGGCCUUCUAUACCUGAUGAUCAACCUAUUGACUCGAGCUCGCAAGUUCCUGAGACUAGCUCAUCACCUCUUACAAAUGUUCAACAUCAAGAAAUUCAAGAAAUUCAAGCACACAGACAAAAUUCUCUACGAGCACUUGAGGGUGGUUCUUCACAAGAUUUUCAAAGACCAUUUACUUCUGGUCCGGGAGAUUUACGACGUCAACCAUCAACUCCUGUUAUUGGAUCAGGUUCAUCACAGCCAAAUAUACAAGGUCCGGGUGAU